AUUUAGAUACAUUUAGCUGCAUAGGUUAGGGAAUGGAUCCUGUUUAUGAAAUAGAUUGGCAAGCAGAUGUCAACCAAAUAACUCUUGGUCACGGUGACAUAGUAGAGUGUGCGUGGUCAGCAAGCAACUUUUUUGCGUUCACAACUGAAAAAAACAACCAAGGUUCAGUCACUCAGUAUCUUCAUAUAUUAAACCCCAACCAGCCAUGGGGUGUAUUUAGCACUAAAUAUAAUGAUGGUGCAAUUACUUGCUUGCAGUGGGACCAUACAGGUACAAGACUCGUAUCAGGUGACAACCAUGGCUUAUGCUGCCUGUGGACAAUGUCUAACUCCUUGUGUAAUGUGUGGACUCAUCAGAAUAAACAUAACAUUUUCCUGGAAGGAGAAGAAAUAUUAUCAUUAGGCUGGUUGCAUAAUGGUGCAAGGUUUUUAUUCCAUAUCGACAAAAUGGAGUCAUCGAACUUGGGUGAAAAAUUUGAUCGAGCAAAAUUUUGGCCAACUGUUAUGCAGCAUGGUGGGAAGGCUAUGGAAGGUUUUAUCGUUGUUACUGGUUCGGGGCUUGCUGCUGUGAGACUACUUCUUGUUGAUGGCGAAAGUGUCGAGUCACAGUUUCGUCUAAAUGUGAUGUGUCACCAACAAAUUGCUGAUAUUGCAUUUACGAGCCAAGGUAAAGUGGUUGUGAUGACAACAGACAGUGAGAUUCAACAUUUCAUUCAAUUCCAUGAAAUUCAACUCACAUACAACACACAGGAUCAUCUUAUAUCACAUGAGGUAUCUGCACUUCCAAGUUUACAGCUACGUUGCGCAAGUGAAGAGCAUUCACCUUACACCUAUAUAUCUCAUGCUCAUUUUGUAUCACGUGAAAACCAAGAUCAUGUGCUUAUUUGUGUUUCUGGGCCGACUGGUUCAAAAUUUGAAAGUUGGUUGAUUCGUAAAGAGAGCGUUCAACUACAUCGAAUAUUUCAACAAAAUACGAACCCAGUGUCAACCACACCUGAUGUUUCUAAGUGCUGGCAUUAUGUUACGAACUCUACACAUCUGCCACAGGUUCUUAACUUCUCCAUACCCACCCUUCCCAUUGAUGCUUCAUCCAGUGAAAACAAAGUCUCACAGGAAAGCAAGUUUUUCUGCGGCUUUUGUUUUGCAGUUGCACUUGCAGACAAUACAAUUCAAAUUCUACACAGGUUAUUUCUGCAGGUGUUGGUAACUCAGCACUUGCCAGUAACAACUAACUCACAAGAAACAACACCUGGUAAAGCAAUGAAGAUGACCCAGCAGUUUGGAGUCAGACAUGUUUCAUUUUCAACACUUUCUUGCGCUAUGAUAGCAGCAGAUAAACAUGGUCGUUUACUUUUAUAUCGUAUUCCACCAUGGCUAACCACACCUAACAGAACAAACACUAUGCAAUCAUUGAAACAACUUCUACAACUUAUGCUCUACUGUCUUGUAUCUGGAAAAGAAUGGUGGGAAAUUCUGCUUCAUGUUCAUCCCAACUUGGUGGAACCACUGGUGAAGCAACUUAGUGUGGAGUGUGGUAACCAAACAUCAGCUGUACAGCAGGUGCUAGAGUUAAGAUUACAAGCAUUAAAGAUCAGCAUAUACCACAUCACUGCUAGUCCUGUUGCUACUGAUCUACAUCUUAAAAUGCUGUUUCAAGCUAUUUCUCUUGUGUUUCGUUCUCUUGUUCGACCCCACCAGCAAGUGGGGGGUGAAGAGAUUGACCCCGCUACUAAGCUACAGAAUAUAUCCAGGACAUCCACAGAGACCAACAUUGAUCAGUUGGUACAGAAUGUUGAUACUGAUCCACAGACCUUACAAUCAAUGCAACAACUUAUACAAUGGGUGGCAGAUGUUGCUUUAUAUUUGCUUGCGUCUGUGCCACUAUAUAAACAAGCCAACCGACCUGGCUACUCUUUAUAUUGGGAUCGUGACUGGCUAUCCUUGCUUCGUGAGAUGCUUGUACUUAUAAGGGUCUGGGGGUUGCUCAAGUCAGCGUGCUCACCUGUGUUUAACGUGCUCGACUCACGGAUGGAUGUCUUGUCUCACGUGUUUAAACUCGUUACUCAACUUUGGAUGGCUAGCACUGAUGAUCAUCGUAUGACCGAUCUACCAACCAGUUUAAUCAAUGAAUGCAGUGCCUUACCCUUCCAUAUUAUAAUCCCACCCCUUGAACCAACCCCACCACCCAACAGUGUGCUUAGUCAGAUGAGAAAUUUCAGUGGUACUCGAAGGUUUACAUUUGGAGAAACUCCACAGGAUAGUUACAUCAUGUUGUCACGCCAACAUAUGAUGGAUCAUGUUGCUGUUGCUGGUAGCUCUGGAAAGGUUGACUCACUUAGAAGGAUUUUCUUGGGAAAGUCACCAAAUCAGGAAUUAAAAGAAUGUGUUCGGUGUGGCGUCACAACAACUUGCAAUAAUCUCCUGCGUUCCACCCUGAAAGUUUGGGACCAACGUUUUGUUUCCAGCUGUGUGUGUGGUGGCCACUGGAAGAAGUUAAACUCCCAUCCUGUUCCAUUGCAUUGAAUUUGAAUUAGAACUACAUGUUUCCGUGCUACGUGUUUACAUUUCUUGCACUGCUAUCAUUUUUCUAAUUGAAAAGCUCACAUCUGCCUUUAGUUCAUGUCGUUUCUUUUACCGCUUAAUCAUGUAACAAUUAAACCCAAAAAUUUCCAUG